AUGAGUGGGAACCUCACCUCGAAUAUCGGGCAGCUCACAUCGGUGGUCUCGUUGGACAUCUCCGAUAAUAUGUGGGAAGGUAUUGUCACAGAAGCCCAUUUGCUGAAUCUUUCUAACUUGCAAGAGUUUUCAGUUGGCGUGAUGCUUGGUAAAAAUAUUACCUUGACAUUCAACGUCAGCUCGAACUGGACUCCUUCGUUCCAGCUGACGUUAUUGACCAUUCAGUCAUGCAAAUUAGGCCCCAAAUUCCCACACUGGCUUAAGGAUCAGCAUGAGCUCACCAGUAUAGUAUUCAAUACUGCGGGGAUUUCAGAUGUUUUACCAGAUUGGUUUGUAGAGUUGGAUUUGAAGCUUGAUAAUCUAGACAUGGCUUACAACAACUUGACAGGGAAAGUUCCCAACACGUUUCAAUUCAACUUUCUAGCCAAUGUGGACUUAAGCUCCAAUCGCUUCGAGGGACCUCUCCCACUAUGGUCUUCUAACAUUACAUCAUUGUAUCUGAGGGAUAACUUGUUUUCAGGACCUAUUCCCGUAAACAUUUGUGAAGCACUUCCCAAUCUAACAGACUUGGACAUCUCCUACAACAAUCUAAAUGGCACAAUUCCCUUGUGCAUGGGUGAUAUGAAUCAGCUGACUACUUUAGCCCUCGAUAAUAACCAACUUAUCGGACAGUUUCCUGAUUUCUGGGGUAAGCUUCCGUAUCUUUAUUGGUUAGAUAUGUCAGAGAACCGCCUAGCCGGCCAAAUUCCAGGCUCACUAGGUUCUCUUGCUUAUCUGAGGUUCUUAAGACUCUCAGGCAACAAUCUCUCUGGAGAACUGCCUUCGAGUUUGAGAAAUUGCACGAGAAUGAUUAGCAUUGAUCUUAGUAACAACCAUUAG